AUGUCUUCCCCUCAGGACCGUGUCCAGUACUACGUGAAGCAGCUCGACCAUGAGCUCUCCAAGUACCCUGUCCUGAACAACCUCGAGAAGACGACCUCGGUGCCCAAGGCUUACGCUGCUCUUGGUGCUGUUUCGCUUUACCUGUUCUUCAUCAUCUUCAACCUGGGAGGGCAGCUCUUGACCAACUUUGCUGGCUUUGUCAUCCCGGGUUACUUCUCCCUUGAGGCUCUCUUCAGUUCUUCCAAGGAGGACGACACACAAUGGUUGACCUACUGGGUCGUUUUUGCUCAGUUCACGGUGAUUGAGAGCUUUGUCAACAUUGUUUACUGGUUCCCCUUUUACUUCACGUUCAAGUUCAUCUUCCUCUUGUGGCUGUCGCUGCCCUACUUCCGUGGUGCCGAUGUGAUCUUCAGGUCUUUCCUUGUGCCGACGCUUGGCCGCUACUUCACCAAGCCUGGUUCGGCUGGCCUGCGCGCGAAGGCUGAUUCGAUCGGCAAGGCCGAGUAA